AUGCCGCACGCCUCCAUCUCUGUCCUCGGAAUAAACUACCGCUGUAACCCCCUCCUCCGCAUUGACGGCGACAUCUACUCCGAUACAAGGUCUAUACUGCAGAAACUCGAAGAGCGGUUUCCGGAGGGAAGGUUGGGGAUGAGGGGUGGGAUGAGGAUGGAAAAGUAUUGGGGGAGACAGGCAUUAUAUUGUGGGCCCGGUAUUUUGAAGGCUGGGGGACUGAUCCCAAAGGACAGGAAGGCAUAUAGAGGGGAGCCAUGGACUAAGGAGGCGUUGAGCGAGGGUAGCCCGGAGAAUCUCGGAUAUAUUCGAGGCAGCCUUGAGGUUCUGGGGAGGACCUUGCUCCCGGAUGUAAGGAAUUGGGUGUUGAAAACCGAAAACCGUCAUUUGGUUGAGAUCAAAGUGUGCGACACUCAAUCACGAUCACGACUAGCUUCACCUCCACCGCCCGCCCAAAGACCUGCUCUACAGCUCUUGCUGUUCGUGCAUGCUCUUGAGUUUCUGAUCACUGUUAGUGGAAGUCUGAAAAUGCAAAUAUCAAUCUGGCCUUUUGACUGGCUUGCCAAACAGAAGGGUUCCAUGCCUCCGAGCGUCGUGUCCGAAAGGCGCUUCCCGAAGGUUAGACGCAAACGAUCCCUUGGUGUUAAGGAGGGCGUCGAGGUUGAAGUAUAUCCCACGGAUUCGGGAUUCAUCUAUCGUGACCGCGGCUGGCUGAUGACACUGACGCCCAAUGAGGCGACCGUAGCAGCGAAAAGCGGAGUAGGCGACACGGAUAUUCGAAUUCACGCACCACGGAGCGGUUUCAGGAUCACGUUGGUUGGAAUCAGUUCAAAGAGGUAAUAUGACAUGCAUGUCUCGCCAGGCGGAGUAACGUGUUGGUGGUGCAAAGGUAGUAAGAACGUUGGGUCAAAGUCUCCCUUUCCGCUAGUGUCUAUCCCAGUUCCAGACUUGUCACGGCAGCGUGCAGCGGAGAAUGCAGACGGGUGCAUCAUCGACGGCGGAUAGUUGCAGCUUGUGCCACGCCCACACGUGCGUGCCUGACACAGGCAUAUGGAAGCUGUCGUUGAUACGUUGGACGACGGGGGACAUUAUAUAGCAUGCUGCGGUUCACCGAAAUCCCGACUAAUUGGCAACAGCCACGAUGGGAGACAUCAAAGGAGAGAAUUGGGGCUCGGGGCAGGAGGCAGCCUUCCUAUAGGCAGCGCGGCGGUGUUGACCACGGUCGAUGCACACUUCGAGGAAUGAGC